AUUCUUAAGCCUAAAUUAAUCAUUCAAUCAAACCCAUAAGUGUAGGUUAAGUUAGGGUUUAUAUGAAGCUCAUUUGAAGCCCAUUUUCUCUCCCCUCUCACGGCAGCCUUAAGGCUGAUUAAUGAUCAGUUUCUAAAGUCUAAAAAUCCCUAAUUAAUCAUGUAAUAACACCCCCCUUUACUCCUCUUCAAGUGGCUAUCCAAGACCCUUCUUCUACCUCUCUUUUGAACAUACAAAUCAUGAUGACUAAGUGUUCUUUUUGCUGCUUGCAUCUCAUCUGUUUCUCUCCUUAUUUCCCUCAAAAUUUUGGUAUAAUAUCAAGGCUAAAACAAAGGGAUUUUUGUCGGUAAUCUGUUUUUGCUUUUCCUCUCAAAUUCGAGCACUUAAUUGUCCUCAAGAACAUCAAGACAAUGGGGUGAAUGGAGCUUCGUUUGGGGCGUUUUGGUGGGCAACACUUGCUGCAAUUUAAUCUGAAUUUUAUGGCCUUCAUUUAAGAGGAUAGCUCCCGCUGAACUAUCGCCCAGCCCCCAGGGUGCGCACUAAAUGCCGAGAAAGCAAUUAAAGGAGGGCUCACUAGCCCGGCAGAGUUAGCCGGCAGGGCUGACCAGGCUGAACUCUCAACGAAGGAGAUGGUACGCCUAUAAAUAGAGGGUAAAGUACAACAGAAAGGAGGUGAGACACUCAAGUCAUUAUACUUUCUACAUCUUUCUAAGUACACUUUCUCUCUCUAAACACUCUUUAACUUAAGCUUCGGAGGGGGGGUUCCUCGAGCCACCCCCGAGGGCAGUUUACGUGUGCUGCCUUGUGUAGGUAGUUGACGGGACCCAGUUCGCCCAGUAGAACCCUUGGAUCCACACCUGGAACAAUUGGCGCUAGAAGGAGGGGGAGGAUCAUCUAACCUGAGGUUCACCAACUCAGCUAGGGACUAGUUAACUAACCACCAUGGCCGGAGAAGAAACUGUACAGACACCCAUGUCUAAAACUAAUGAGACCAGCCGAACACCACAAAAAACACCCCCAGUAACCAUCAAUCCAAAAGGAUCCACCGGAAACCCCAAAUCGACCAUCUCUCAGAAAUCCAACCCCAUCGGAUCGACAUCAGCUGCAGCUAAAGCGGCGUCGAAAACUAGUAGAUCCGGUGGGAUCCAGUUCCAUUUACAAAUACGGAAUGUCGUUAACCGGCGCGAACAAUGAGCUCAUUGUUUCAGCACUUGUAACCAAGAAACCGCAGCCCGUGAAUAUGUCAGCCAUUCUGCAGAACAUCUCUAAGUGCAGUAAGGAGCAGCUGGCUGCAAUGACUGCGGUCCUCACCAUUAUGGGUAAGGGGGCAAGUCCGUCAUCGAUAGCGGCAGCUGCAGAGCCCGUAGCAAAAAAGCCGGCGUCGUCGACCCUCAGAGCAGAAAGAGCUCAUUCAGUUAAAGAAGAAGGUAUUGGAGCUGGAAGCUCGUAACCUGAAUCGAGAAUGGAGCGUGGAGGAAAUAACCCCUGCUCGAAUCAGCCCGGAGAAGCGAGUCCCCCGCAGUAGGUCACCAGCCUCAGAGCGGGGACCCAUCCCUGAGAGAGAUAAACGAGCGCGAAUCCAGGUUGUUCUAGAUGAUUCCCCAUUUUGCCGGGAGAUUCUGGAGGAACCAAUGGAGAAAGUAAAGAUGCCAAGCUGCAAAUACAACGGAACCACAACACCCGAAAGCCACAUAUCAGCUUUUGAGAAUCAUAUGGUACUUUACACUAUGACAGACUCUGUCCGGUGUAAGGCUUUCCCGCCGACCCUGGAGGGGCUGGCAGCGGAGUGGUAUGGAACCAUUCCCAAAUGUUCCGUAUACUCGUACAACCAGUUGAAGAGAAUGUUCAUGGAGCAUUUCAUAACCCUAGUAGACCAAACCAUGAUGACAACCGAGCUGAUGUCGUUGGUUCAAGGGAAAGAUAAGCCCCUGAGGGAGUUCAUCACCAGAUUCAACAAGGAGGCAACAACCAUCUCAAAUAUGAGCCUGGAGGUAGCGCUACUAGCAAUGUAGAGUGGCUUACUACAAGGAUCACCGUUCAGAGCGUAUAUGGGGCGUAAGAGCCUCAAAACACUUGUUGAAGCGCUGGGCAAAGCGCACAAGUUCAUCAAAGCAGACGAGACUGGCAGAGCAAGGAAAGCACCUGGUGACUUAGUUAAGCGGGCAGAGGUCACCCGGGCAGAGAACACACCCAGGGUGGACCAGCCAAGCAGGGCUGAGCAAAACCGCAGAGAAGCGGACAGGGCAGUAGGACUGAGAAGGUCAGACCCAAAGAGAGGGCCAAGGCCUGGGAGGUUUGACCAAUAUACCCCAUUAAUUGACCCAUUCCAGGUCUCAUAUAUUCAGCGUGAAUAAAGCUGAUGACAAGUGGCAGAGACCCCCGAGGAUGGUUAAUAAGAAUCGUGAUACCAGCAAGUGGUGUGACUUCCAAAGGGACCAUGGUUACACCACUGAAGAAUGUACACACUUGAAGGACAACAUAGAAGACUUAGUCAGGAGAAGGUACUUGAAUAAGUUUAAGCAGCACGAUGACCCUCCCUGAAUGAGGGAUGAGGAUAUAGCAGGCCGCCCUGACCACAGAGGAGGUCAUAGGGGCCCAGCCGGAGACUAAGACAGAGAUGGCAAGCCAGAAGGCAGGGUGUAUGUGAACAACGGGGGUCCAGUACAUGGGGGAACAGUUAACAGAGCGCGGGCUGACCUACGAGCGAUGAUACAUCAAAUAAAUUACAAUGAUAAGCGUAAAAUGGCCACCUCUUCCCGCGCAGCCGCGAGCCAUGUUUGACGAGUAUGAUCAGAAGGGCAUAAUUUACCCUCAUUAUGACCCGCUAGUGGUGGCAAUGAGAAUCGCAAACUGGGAGGUGGAUAAAAUACUGAUAGACAGAGGCAGCUCAGCCAACAUCAUAUACAUCAGUGCGUUCAAUGAGCUGAAGUUGGACAGAAAAGACCUGAAGAGGGUGAGCUACGAAGUCACCGGGUUUAAUGGAUCAGGGCUUACCCCAGAAGGCAUAAUCGAACUCUCAGUCCAAGUAGGGGAAAGAUCAAGAAGGCGUGAUGUCCGGGCAGAGUUCCUCGUGAUAAACUCCCCUUCACCCUACAAUGUGAUCAUGGGAAGACCGCUCAUCCACAAGAUAGGCGGGGUGGUAUCCACCUAUCACCUUGCCAUGACCUACACAACUAAUGAGGGAUGGUCAGCAAAGCUCAGGGGAAGUCAGAAGACAGCCCAGCAAUGUUACAUAAUUGCCCUAAAGCAGCCCGCAAAAACCAGACAGCAGCCUGGUUCUGAGAGAAGGCCCACUGAGCAACCUAAGAGGAAGUCGAGGAAAAGGAAGCGUGAAGAAUAUCACAAGGAAAGGGAUAAACAGAAGUUAGUAAGGGAAAACUUCGAGCCUGCAAAAGAGGAAAUGGCCAGGUCACUUCCCAGUGGGGAGCAUGUCACAGUCGAGCUCACAGAAGGUGACCCCUCGAGAACAGUGAAAAUCAUGAAAGACAUUGAUCCAGGAGUAGGGGUACACCUCAUAGAGCUGUUGAGAAAGAACAAAGACAUAUUCGCAUUUUCCGCAGAUGAGAUGCCCGGAAUUGACCUAGCAGUCCUGGUACACAAGCUUAAUGUGAAGGAGGAUAUUAAGCUAGUUAGGCGGAAAAAGCGAAGCUUCUCCACGGAGAAAAACCAAGCAAUCCAGGAGGAGGUGGAGAAGCUCCUGGAGGCAGGAUUCAUUGAACCUUGUGACUACCCAGAGUGGUUAGCCAACGUGGUCAUGGUAAAGAAAGCAAAUGGCUAGUGGAGAAUGUGUGUUGAUUUCACAGAUCUUAAUAAGGCCUGCCUAAAAGACUGUUACCCGCUGCCGCGGAUAGAUCAGCUGGUAGACUCAACCAGCGGGCACGCCCUGCUAAGCUUCAUGCACUACAAGAAAAAGAGUAAUUAGCGACGGCCAAAGUAGUCGCAAAUCCGUCGCAAAAAUGGAUUUGCAACGGAUUUGCAACUACUUUGGUUCGUUGCCAAAGACCUCGUCGCAAAUCCAUUUUUGCGACUAAUUUUUGAACAGUCGCAAAUUUAGAGACGGAUUUGCAAUGCCUUUGCAACUACCAUUUAGCGACUAACUUUCAAAUUUUAGCAACUAAAUUAUUGUCUGUCGUAAUAUAUUUGCGACGGAUUAGCAACUACAGAGAUCAAUGUUUUAAGACUACUUUUGCGACGGAUUAGCGACUGCAAGACCAAACUUUUUCGACUACGAGACUAAACUUUUGCGACUACGGAGACUAGUUUUAUUGUCACGGAUUUGCGACUAUUGAGACUAAUGUUUUUGCGACGGAUUAGCAACUACUUAUGAGACCAAACUUUUGCGACUACAAAACUAAUUAUUUGUGAUAGAUUAGCGACUACUGAGACUAAUUCUUUUUCAACUAACCAAUUAGUCUCUAAACCAAAUUUACAGUCGCUAA